UCCUCGCGUUGUGAUGAGGAUUCAGGUCAUCUGGAGCAUGUCAUCACGAGGACGUGGUAGUUCGUGACUUCUACAUUCUCAUCUUUUGUAGAAUGGCAGACAGCUGCUCAACGCAUAACUAGGUACGUACCCCCCACAUAUUUUGCCUGGCAGCAUUUUUUACAACAUUACUAUUCUCAUGACCAUCCCAAUAAGGCAAACGCCAUACGAGCAGACAUGACGUCGCCCCCGGCGGGCAAGAUCAACUGCAAGACGAAGUAGGAGAAGCACUACUACAAGUAGCACCGACGCGAAGGACUUUUUAAACUUCUUGAUCCGUUGAGGAGUAAUAUAGAACUUGACUUGCCCAGCAUGGGGCAGAUGAUUUCCGACAACUUCAUCCCGAUGUCCGUCGCAGAAGCGGAGCGGGAGCUGCACAGUGGGGAUUUUUCGGACGAGAUGACUGGCACCGCCGGCGCAGCGAAUUUGGUCCCCCAAAGCGAACGGGUGCUUCUCGCCUACCAGAUUAAUUCGCAACGGGUGCUGUUCACGGAGAAGCGGAUCAUCUUGCAGACCCCCGAUAUGUUUUUCUGCAAGGAGACCGGAAACUGCAUGCGGUUUCUGCCCUACUCCAGCAUCGGCGGGUACGCGGUGCACACGCCCGGGUCCUUUGAUCGCGACUGCGAGGUGGAGCUGUGGACGAAGUGCAAGGACAAGUUGCGCGUCGUCGUCCGCGACUUCGCGCGGGUGAACCCGCUACCGAUCUGGAGCGUUUUGCAGUUGCUGAACGACAAGGUCCUGCCCGAUUUUCACCCGUAUUCCGGGUUCCAGUCGGUGGUAAAUUGGGAUCCCAGUGUGCACAACGACUUCCCGACAUUCUGGGACCUGCUGGGGAGCAACAUGGCCGAGCUGGACCCCCGGGAAGUGCAGCGCAAUUUGCAACAGCGCGGGCUGCUGCAACGGCCCAUACAAGGAGCCGUGAAGGUCCCGGAAACCGUCGUGCUCGCUUUCGACGGGACCCGGAACUUGUACCCGACGAUGGCGGUGUUCACUAACAAGCGCUUCUUCUCGGUCGGUCAGGACGGGUUCUCGGGGAAGCGGUACGCGUACGAAUCCAUCCUGUACGAGCAUAUCCGCUUGUUCUCCUUCGAAACCGCUGGUACCGGUGGCGUGUUCACCGAUCGGGACUCGACCCUGCAAAUGUUCACGGACCUGCCAGGCAAACCGGUCGUGUCGCAGGACUUCAAGGCGAACGUCGACAUCAAGAAGAUCGGGAAUUUUCUCAUGUCCGUCACCUGCGGCAACCACGACGGGCACAUCAGCUCCAUUCAGCACGCGCGCAACAUUGCCGGCACGCUGGGCGGCGGGACUCUCGGCCCCAUGGCGUGGCUCACAAGGUCGGACGGGAACGCCGGGCAGAUUGACGCCGGGGAAGCGGAUGCGGAGUUUCACCGGCAGGGCGUGUUGCAGCCGAGCGAGCGGGUCGAGAUGGGGUUUAAGGGGAAGAAAGACUACUUUCUCUUCACCACGAAACGAGUUUUGUUCGUGGAUAACAAGAAAAAGGGGCUCUUCGGCUCACACGGCAGCGCGACGGAGUACAUGACCAUCCCCUACCACAGCAUCAGCCACUUCGCGGUGCAAACCCCCGGCGGCCGCAAUUUUUUAGGCCAAAAGGACGGCGACUGCGAGGUCCAGCUCUGGACCGACAGCUGCUGUUACAAACCCGCAAAGUCCGACGGGGAAGACCACAAGCCGCCGAAGCCGUGGGUGACCUUCAUCGAGCUGGACCUGGCAAGGGACCGCGUCGACCUCGUUGGUGUGCACCAGUAUUUGAGCGAGAAACUGAUGGCGCGGCCUGCCGACCGCUGGCAGCAAUACGCCUACCAGGGCAGCGGCGCCAGGGCUGCUGCGCAGGCGACGCAAAUCCAAAGGCCCGAACUUUCCAUGAGCAACAACAUGUUCGACCUGUUCGUCUCCUGGGCCACGAACGACGCGCAGCAGGUCAACCCGCAGCUCGCCAACGCGCAGAUGCACCAGGCGCAGCUGCUCUCGUUGGACGAAUUUGUCAUGCUCGCCUUCCGCUGCGGCCGGGAUUUGCUACUGUUGACUACCAGGCGGAUCUUCAUGAUUGACGCCCAGGGGUUCACGGGGAAGAAGGUGCAGUACUUGACCAUUCCCUACCAGUCGUGCAGGCAGUUCAGCGUGAAGUCUGCGGGCGACGAGUGGAGCUUCGAUCUGGACUGCGAGCUCGAGCUGUCUGUGCGCGCGUUUUGGAACACCCGGGGAACCCCGGUCUUCGACGAAGACAUCGAUCCGACGAUUCGCCAGGAUCUAGCGCGGGGGCACGUCGAUCUGCUUUCCCUGCAGGGGUUCCUCACCGAUCGGGUCGUGCUUCACUACGGUGCCUCCGCGGCGGCGAUUUCCCAGCUGCAAAACCUUCCCAAUUUUCAGAACCUAGUGCCCCCCUCCCAUUCGAGCGACGACAAGGGCCUAACGGGCCUGUUGAUGUCCGCUCUGAAGGUGCUCGACCGCGACAAUUUCGCGCAGCUCGGCCUGGAUGAGACACGGCAGCUGGAAGCUGCACUCACGCAACAGCGGAUUCUGAUCUGUUACCCGGACCGGAAUGUGGAAGAACGCGUGGAACUCGCCUUCCGGAACCGGAAAGACUUUAUCCUGUUCACGAACCUCCGUCUGUUCCACAUCGAUUUUACCGCGAGGUCGUUUUUCAAGCUCGGUGGCGGAAACAAAAUCGAGUACAAAUCGAUGCCGUGGGGCCUCUUGUUCGACCAGCAGCGAGGCCGGAUGACGUCAAACUUGUUAGCGUUUACCUUUGAGACCGCCCAGUUCACCAACAGAUUCGAUCUGGAUUCCACCAUGACGCUGCACAAACAGGUCACGAAAUUGGACGGUAAGAUCCGGGUGGACAUCCAGCGGGGGAGAUGCGACUUUGGCUCCAUUGCGAGGUGGCUCACGUCCAAACUAGUUUUGUAG